UCCACCGUACCCCAAGGGUCUCACGAACGCGCACGCGUGUAAAACUGCGUGGGAAUGGCUGUUUGCGUGAUCGAGGGGGUUGGGCCGCUUGCAGCGAGCGGAGAGCUGCAUGAGUUUGUAAUGUCCGCCAUGUUGGCCAUGGCGUAUUGAACCGGGGAGGAUCAGCGGAGCCUGCGAGAAAAGAGACCGACAGAGAGCGACCGAGACCCGGGCCUUCCCGGCUCUGUUCGCGCAGCUACGGACCCUAACCACGCUCAAUUGACUGGCUGACUCCCACAGAUUCAUCCAUGAGAACUCGAGGCAUACCUGCUGUUAUUCCGAGCAGAUCCAAUAGAUUUAUGCUGCAUCUUUUAAUAUAAAAAUGAGUAAAUUGUCGUUUCGGGCUCGGGCGCUGGAUGCUAGUAAGCCUCUGCCCGUUUUCCGCUGCGAGGAUUUGCCGGACCUGCAUGAAUAUGCCUCCAUCAACCGGGCAGUGCCGCAGAUGCCGACAGGGAUGGAGAAAGAGGAGGAAUCGGAGCACCAUCUCCAGCGGGCCAUCUCGGCGCAGCAGGUAUACGGCGAGAAGCGGGACAACAUGGUUAUCCCCGUCCCCGAGGCGGAGCGCAACAUCACGCACUACGAUUCCCUUUACCCCGGGGAGUUCAAGAUGCCAAAGCAGCUUAUUCACAUACAGCCUUUCAGUUUGGAUGCGGAGCAGCCAGACUACGACCUGGAUUCAGAGGACGAGACGUUUGUGAAUAAGCUGAAGAAGAAAAUGGAAAUCACAGCCCUACAGUUUGAGGAAAUGAUAGACCGCCUGGAGAAAGGCAGCGGACAGCAGCUCGUCAGUCUCCAGGAGGCCAAGCUGCUGCUGAAGGAGGACGAUGAGCUGAUCAAGGAGGUGUUCGACUACUGGAGCCGCAAGAGGAAAACCUGCACGGGGGGGUCCCUCAUCCCCACCUGCAAGGGGGAGAAGAGGGACGGCUCCAGCACCAGCGACCCCUACGUGGCCUUCCGCCGACGGACGGAGAAGAUGCAGACCAGGAAGUUAAGAAGUGAAUUCAAGGUAAAUAUAGAGACGGAUGCACUGUUUGUCCAGCUGAAGGCACAAGGCACGCUCCGUCCUUCAGGCCCGCCGGCCCGUCUGUUGUUUCCGGUGUUGGUACGCAAACAGCAGCUGCUGCCCGGCAGGACCGUGCUCCUGCCUCCAGGCGCUCGGAGCAGAACCAGGCCAGCGUCUAUUCCUCCUUGGAGAGAAUUUUUGGAGACGUCCGUGGGCUGCCACGUGGCACACGGACUGAGGCUCGGUGCGCCCACCCGUGGAAUGCUGAAGGACGUCGCUCGCCAUUCCCGCAUCGUCUCGGCGCACCUGGAAGACAGCAAGCCUUUCCGACUACACAGAGACGAUACAUACGAUCUGCUAGAUCUGGACGCAGAUCAGAUUACUGAGGUGCGGCCAUUUACCUCGGCAGGAACUGGUCCACUGGUGACCCGGCAUCGAUCGCUCUGGCAGAGACACUGA